AUGAGGUUACUCUAUGGUGUUUAUCUGCUUCUGUCUGUCGCGUAUGCGGCCGAUUGCUCGGGUGUAAAAUGGGAUCUUGAGGAUGUUGUUAAACAGGAUACGAAGUCGUGUUUCUUUCAAAAUCACGCGGGGAAGGACUUUGAAGAUUACCAAACUGACACUCGAGACCACAAGUUGCAGCGCCGUUGCGGCAACAAACAGCCAAACCUUGACGGCAAUGGAUGGCCCCACCAGAGAUACUACUAUGAACAGCUUUCGGAAGUUGGAUAUUGCAGCGAAACCCAGGGCUGCUCUGUUAGUACAAGCAACACGAAGACUAUCUCCAAGACUUACAGUGCGACUAUCAACUUCCCGUGGAUCUCGGGAGGCUACUCUGUAGCAAAGUCUUGGGCUUUUGGGGCUUCAUAUAGCUGCAAUGGCGGCCCGGGAGACAGAGUCUGUGUCUGGUACAGGAUUGCGCACACUGCCUAUACGGCUCGGAUGCCCAAAGGACGUUCCAGGAAGGGUCUGCAUGGCCCACAAGGUGUCAUUGCCUCCCCAAACGUGGAAAAUAAAGGCGGUGGCUUCCAGUGUGCGACUGGGAAGAAUUGCGCGCACAAGGGCGCGACGUACUGGGAUUGCCAUGGGCAAAGGUCUAAGAAGUUUGAACACUGUGGACCUCCAGAGCAGCCGGAAUUGGAUUCCGGUAACAACUACAUAGAACCCUUUGCAAGCGCCUGGGGGAAAGCAAAAGGACAAGCUGGGAAGAACAAUGUCAAGGUCAAAGAUAUUGAUGCUGAAGAGGCAAUGAUGAAGAACAUGGGGGACAUGGAGAAGAUGACGGAGGCAGAAAAGGAGAUUAAUGAUAAAGUAUGGAGAUGA